CGCAGUGUACACCAUCUCCACGUUUUGGCAAAGAAGGCAGCACCAGCAUCGUUGCUGAGCGAACGAGUUCUCUCACGUCGUACCGAUCAGCUGGACGAGCAUAGUGUCGUUUGUCACAAAUCCCUUCCCUGCCUUCUCGUUCAGGUUGUUUCUCGCCGCGAUACAGACUUUGUCGAUCACACGCGUGUCAAACACGCGAACUCUGGUCGCGGUAGUAGAUCGAGUGCGUCGAUUUGAAGCGAAAACAAAAGAGGAUCGAGUUUUCUUUCCGCGGCUGACGAACCAGGCUGGCUGGUGUCUUUUCGUUGUUUCGAUCGACAAGGUAACGAAUCCCUUUCUUGAUGAGUACGACGACGCCGUCAACAAUCACGGUCGGUAGCCACGCGGUUGACGCUCUCACCGCCGGUACCAGCAUCUCCGAAGGGGCUGACACCUAGCACGAGGAGCGUCUGCUGCGGAGCUAACGGAGGAGGAACGAUUCCGGGGGGACCAUCUUCCCUUCCAUCGUGAUAUAGUGCUGUUGUGGUUGUUAUUGUUGUUAUUAUUGAUAUUUGAUGAUACACGUGCUCAGGUGUCGCGACUACUGACUACGACGGCUUACAAUUUCAGAUUGUCUUUUUAACGCGUCGUAUAAAGAUCUAAUUUUACUAGUUGUCCUUCCGGUUUUAAAGUGUCGUCCUAUGAUCCGAGUGUUUCACGAUCCAAGUCGGAGGACGGGAGUAUCAACGACGUUCCAACUCCUUUCGAGAUCGGCCAAACGAUUUCGAGGUUCGACAAAUUUCGUUUAGUCGGGCUGAUCGUCUACGCGAGGUCGACGACACGUGGAUCCGAAUCCGAUCGUUCCUAGCUCACGUGGUCGUCGAACUACUACCGGCGACACCCUGAUAGUGGCGCUUUAGCGAUACUCACGGAUGUUCCUCACGUUGAAAAGAGCUGCUCGUGAUCAGUUUGAAAGUUGCCGGCUACCUGUGUGCCUGUUGAAUUUUUAUUGAUGUUCUAUAGCGACGUUGUAACAUCGAACGUGAUCCGGUGAGUGCCCGGCCGAGUGAAAAGAACGAAACCAAGAGGAAAGAAAAGCGAGAUUUUCCUCGUCGAACGAUAUUUCCAUUCUGCUGUCGAGGAAUUGAAACGCGUGUGUGUGUGUUACUUUCAUGUCGCGAAUAGAAGGAGAGGGAUGACGGUGCAUCGUCGUUGUGCUGCAGAUACCGUCGAAAAGGACGAAGAAGGCUCGUGAAUUGCUUAAACGACGAUCAUCAGUGCUAUAACGAGACACUAGUACCGCGUCGUUGUUUACGAGAUUCUUCGUAGGAUUUUUCGGAUCCGCAAACACGCGGAAUUAAGCAGGCAGCGUGGAGCGCUCGGCGAUCGUGUGGCCGCGCGCCGCGGACCUCUACCUUUACCAACCAGGCUGUGCAUUUCUCACCUACUAUAGUCGUGACAGCGCAAUCAGUGCCCAGAACGCUCUGCAUGAGAAGCGGACUUUACCAGGGGGUGUGACGGGCGACCGGCUGGCCGGGGGCGCCGCACACCUCCUCCAUCUCUUCUUCUUCUUGCCACGACCACAACACACAAUGUAACAACAACUACCACUACUAGAGUCGUCCGCGUGAACCACGUUCUCAAUGUACUCGAUGUGAUGAACCGUCCUAUUCAAGUCAAGCCGGCGGACAGUGAAAACCGCGGAGAGUGCAUGAUGGACGACGGGAGCACCAGUGCCAUCUUCUGGAAGUAGGAGGCACCGGUGGCGGCCGCUGAAGACAGAAAGCUGUUCGUGGGAAUGCUCAGCAAGCAACAAACAGAAGACGAUGUCAGACAGUUGUUCACUGCCUUUGGCACAAUAGAGGAGUGUACCAUCCUCCGAGGACCCGACGGCAGUAGCAGAGGCUGUGCAUUCGUAAAACUUUCAUCACAUCAAGAAGCGCUAGCGGCGAUCAAUACCUUACACGGUAGCCAAACUAUGCCGGGAGCGUCAUCCAGCUUAGUGGUAAAGUUCGCAGAUACUGAGAAAGAGAGACAACUAAGACGCAUGCAGCAAAUGGCUGGGAACAUGAGCCUCCUUAACCCUUUCGUUUUCAAUCAGUUCGGCGCUUACGGCGCUUAUGCUCAGCAGCAAGCAGCUCUCAUGGCUGCUGCGACAGCACAAGGGACGUACAUCAACCCAAUGGCGGCACUGGUCGGUGCUGGGCAACUACCGCACGCGUUAAAUGGCAUGCCAAAUCCCGUGGUUCCACCGACUUCUGGUUUGCUCGUAGGUACCGGUACAGGGCAGCCGGUUAACGGGGCGAUACCGUCGUUACCAUCGCCAACGAUGCCCAAUUUCAACAUGGCUGCACAAACACCGAAUGGUCAACCAGCAGGUUCGGAUCCUGGUGUCUACACCAACGGGAUACCGCAGACCUAUCCGGGACAUGCCCUCCAUCUGUCCAUUCCAGCACAAGGGCUGCCCAAUGGGGAGGCGGCACUCCAGCAUGCCGCCGCGUAUCCUGGAAUGCAACCCUACCCCGGUGUCGCUUAUCCCGCCGUCUACGGCCAGUUUCCUCAAGCUAUUCCUCAGCCGAUGACCGCCGUGGCACCCACGCAGAGGGAAGGAUGCUCUAUCUCAGGACCUGAAGGCUGCAACCUAUUCAUCUACCACCUGCCUCAGGAGUUUGGAGAUGGUGAGCUCAUGCAGAUGUUCAUCCCCUUUGGCAACGUCAUAUCGUCCAAGGUUUUCAUCGAUCGGGCCACCAACCAGAGUAAAUGCUUCGGUUUCGUGUCGUUCGAUAAUCCAGCGAGCGCACAGACAGCGAUUCAAGCGAUGAAUGGCUUCCAGAUAGGGAUGAAGCGUUUAAAAGUCCAGUUAAAGAGGCCCAAGGACGCAAGCCGGCCAUACUAACCAAAGUCCUAGCUUAGAGAAACUGGACGAUACGCACCCUACAUCAUAACCCACAGAAUGUCGUACAAGAACACGGGCUUAUUGAACGCUCGACGAUCAGAAGUGAUGAGUUUGAAUCACCGUUACAACGCUCUCCACUAUAAUAAUCUAGUAUACUAGUUAGAUAAUUUAAUUAGAGUAUAAAAAUUAGAAGUCAGUAGAUUGACUUCGCCGGCAGCCACGCGGCGAGGACGAAGAGGCAGGCUGAUGCUAAUGAAACAUUGGAUGUCCAGCACUGAACCCAGUCCGAGAAACCAAACGCGAGUAGGAUUCACGCUUCAAACGAUUUCUCGGAUGCUCGGAUACGACAAAUUCUUUACUAAGAACGGAGAACACGUCGAUCUUUUUCAUCCAGUUCUUUCUAUUUUCCUACAUCUUAUUCUAUUUUAUACAUUUUUCCGUUCUUCACUCUCGAUCCCUACUGCCAAACGAGGAUUCGUAUCGAGAUACGAACGAUUAUUCGAUACGCGUCUUACAACAAGACAUUCUAAUCCUAAUACGAUUUUGAAGAUCCGAUCAUCCGGGAAGUAGUAGAUAUCGAGAGCCUAGAGCCUCUCGACCAGGUUAUCGUUCCGACGACACACUAUCUCCUAUAUAGUUUGAUAAUCACGGUGAACGUUCAAGACGGGUGACUUUCCAGCACUAACCAAAGAAUACUCUUAGUUCCUGACGAAACGGCAUGGCGAUUGUAGCCGACCGACUGUUGAAAAAAGUUAACUAUUACUGCGAUUCGACCCAUACAAUACCAAAGAAAGUACCUCUUCAGAUUCUCUAGUAAACAAGAAAUACAGUGUGUGUAUCGGUUGAAUUCCUUAUUCGUUUACGAACAACUUUGCCAAUUUUCAUUUGAAAACGCAGUUAAACCGUCGAAUCCGUUUGGAUGUCGUGUGUUCGGUAUGCGAACGCGUCAUCACCGUAUUAUACGUACCACGUAUAUAGCAACGUCGUUAGGAUCGUUUACUAUGUUUAGUGGUCUUCGGGCAGGACCGACGGCACAGUGCUCGCGGUCUCUCCUAACGCAAAUUUGUCAAUCACGUAUACAGGGUGCUCGUCUCACGCAACGUCUAGAAAGAAGAACAAAUUUCUAAAACGAAAACUACGAAUCCGAACAUGGAACACGCAUUUACAUACAUUUACACUGGUAUAUAUACAAACGACGCACAUACACGCGCGGACACACGCACACGUGCACAACACGCGCAUACAGCUCACACAUCACGCAUCUACUUACACACGUAUCUACAUGUAUGAAUCAGUGCCGACCCAACAUUCGCGGGUUAUCGGUUCUUCUUACGUUAAGAUUAUCAAAGGCGUAGGUAUGUACGUCGCGCCGUAGAUUUUAUAUACGAGACAAUUUAAAGGGAUCGUUAGUGCCGUGUCAAAGUGAAGUCAUUUCGAAGUCCGGUCGUCCGCGCCACGGCGCUCGUUCACCCAACGUAGUAUUUAUUAUUAUUAUUACCCCUUUAUCAUCAUCGUCAUUAUUAUAUUACGAUCAUCAUUAUUAAGAGUACGAUUAGAUCGUUAAGCGAAAAGUGCGAACGAAUUUCCGGCCGAAAUUAUAUCCAUCGGGGUUCCUUUUUUAACGAAGGAUCGUUCAACCUGAUCACAUUACGCUUCGCGAUCCAAAAAAGAUCGGGAUCCUGUUGUUGUUCAUUCUCAUGGCUCGACGAUUCAUAAAAUCGUUCUUGUUUGACUGACCGGUCACGCAUCGCCCGAGAAAUGUCAACCAGGCUGUGAUUAUCCAAACAAAACAAAAGUAACAAAAGGGUGAAAACUACUACGAUCACGACGACGACGACGUUAACAAGAUCGAGUCCAUCUCGCGCAGAAUGUUUCUGUCCAUUCGAUAAUAGGGGAGAGAGAGGAGGAAACGCGGAAGAAAUAGUAGAUCGUCUGAACCAGCUGAACGCAAUGAGCUUUACUUUUUUAUUUUAUUUACCUAGUCUACGUCUAGUCAUUUUUAUACUCGGCAUAAUGGUGGGAGGGGGGGAGGGGAGGGGCGAGAAUAAUUUACGCGUUUUCUCAUAAAAUAUUUAUUUACUAUUUGCCUUAAUUUUAAGACGUAAUUUUCGCGUAAAGCGAUGUAUAGAUUUUCUUUUCUAAACCAAAGUGACUAUUUAAACGAAUCUAUUUAGGUAAUGAAGUAUUUAUUGUUCCGAAAGGUUUCCAGGUAAACCAAGUGCAAUUUCAUUUUAGAAUAAUUUCGCUAACGACACGCUGAGGAUAUAAUUUCUUUAUUUUAUCGGAGUACGUUGUUCCUGAGAAUUUGCGACCAAACACGUCGCGUUUUACGUAUCAAAUUUAUUUUAUACGACAAAUAUCUCGAAUAUACGCGCGUAUAUAUUGAUAUUUGGGCAUUGUUUUCGAACGUAUUGUUCCUUGUUUGUUUUCGUCAGCCUUUCUUGUUAUCACGAUUCAGUUUUAUACCUCAUUACGAACGAUUAGGGAGAUUUUAAGGGAUUGUUUGCACCGGGCAAAUCGAACAGUACAGCAGGCAGCAAGUACUUACAUUGGUAUGAGUUCACAAAAUUUGUGGCUACCGAUGUGAUUAGCAACGGACGAUAUUCAUGUGAACAUUGAAUAUUUUUUUAAGCACGAUAAAUAAAACAUUUGGACAUUUAGCGAGCGAUGCCCGGUCGAAUCACAGAGUUUCGCGCGAGCUUCGAUUUAUACGAUUCUGGGCGGAAGCCACAUGUAAAGAAGCAGCGACGGAGCAUUGAUGUUAGUGGAGGAAAAAUGGGGGUCAUUAGAACGAAAUCAAAUACAUAAAGCACGCUGGAAAACUAGCGUAGGCGAGCGAUGGAACGGAGAAGAAAACUCUGAUCUAGCAGAAAUAAUCAACCAAAGUACCAACAACUAUUCUAUAUAUAAAUAUAUAAAUAUGAAUUAUUAAAGAAGGAGUAUAUAAAUAUAUAAAUAUAAAUAUUAUAAAUAUGAAAUAUAAUAUAAAUAAAAUGAAUGAAUAAAUAAAUGAAUAUAUAAAUAUAUAAAUAUAUAAAUAUAUAUAUAUAUAUAUUGAUUGAUUGAAAGAAAAAAACUAGAGACUUAGUAAAUUAUUAUAGUUUAGCUAAAUCAACAUGAAAUAAAUUAUUACUUCAAAGGACAGGGAAUGGGAGGACCGGCUAUAGUCUGGCGCAAUUUAUGACACGACUAAAAGCUAUCUCAAAUUUAUACGCUAUUUAAAUAAAUAUAACAAAUGCUACAAAGAAAUAUACAUAAAUAUAUAAAAUAAUAUACGAGCACGCGUAGUUGUGUAACCUAAGUACGCGUACGUGUGCAUGCGUAUAUUUAUUUCUAUAUUUAUAUAUGCACGUAUAAAUACUGUACUUAUAGUUUAGGGGCAGGCAACCCUUCUCCUUGCUUUUCCAUCUGUUCAUAAAGUACGUUGCCUGUUCGUACACUCGCACACGAAAACGAAUCAUUGCAAAAGAACACUACUUAUUAUACUUCAUUUAUCUAUACAUACACACACAUACACGUACGAAAUUUACUAUACAUAGUUAAUGCGAAGGCGUGGUACAUACGUGUAUGUGGUUCACACGCGUGAACGUGGUAGCGCGUAAAAGUAAGUACUUGCGAAACUAAAACUAAAACAGAGGGGUGUGCUGUAAACUAUCCUUCGAUGACGAGCUCGAAUGGCUUGCUAGUUAUUGAUGAUAUAAAAUAUUAUUAUACUAGCAUACGCAUAUAUAUAUAUAUAUAUAAAAAAACAAUUAAUACUGAUAAAUAACAGUAACCAAUAAUACUAAUAACAAUGAUAACAAUAAUAAAAAUAAAUUACUUACAACAAUACUUUAUAAGACGUAUACAUAAUUUAUACUACGCGAUAAACGCAUAUACGUAUAUAUUCUUGUCAGUUUUAGGAAUACUGAAUUCGUCUAAAGGCAUAUAUACAUAAAUAUAUAUUUUCUAUAUAUACACACAUAUAUAUGUAUGUAUGUAUAUAUGUAUAGACUGAUGUAUCGAAAGCGCGGGCGUAGAUUCAUCGAUGCUGAAAGAACGUCACGAAAAAUGUUGUGUGAGCAGCAUCUUUGCGACGUUGUACCGAUGCACAACGGAAAACGAACAUGACGAAACGAUAUCUAACGACGAUGAUAACAAUGAGAUUGCCAGUGAGAUCUUCUUUGGACGGCGUUUUGAUGGCAAUUCGACGCGGAAAGGCAUCGCGACACUCGGGAAUCGGUCGUAGAGACGAAACUCAGGAACGCGUGUAACAGACCCGGCUGAUCACAAAUCAAAUUUGCUAAACAAACUAAUCCGAAAUAUGUGUUCACGAAGGCGAAGGUAAAUAUAAGAGAAGGAACUGGGAAUUAACGCAACCAUAUGUUUGCCAAUCCGAGGUCCAAUCACAGACCGUAAGAGCAAUCGCGCGAUCGGUAGGCCUCUGAGUACGCGUACGCGAGCGUUGAUGGAAUCGCGUAAGCGGCACGAUCGUAAACAUAAUUAGGCGAAUGCGUGCAUCGCGAGCAUACAGGGCCCGUGAGGAAGGUCUGCGGCACAGUGGUACAUCCUAUAGAUCGGCGUUUCAUUUCUCAUGGCAUCGUGCACGUCUCUCGGUACACGUCCGGCAAAGACGAUUAGCGGACAAGCUGAGCGAAUUGGGCUACGGCUAGAUACUUGUCUACGAGUUUCCUAUUCCACAGACCAGUCCAUUCAUCUCUCUGCUAAAAUCAAAUCAACGCAUUCCAUUUUCGAAAUAGCAUUAGCUAUUAGUGCCACCGCUAUUAGUAGGCGUAUACCACGGACACGAGCUCCUAUCGUCCGUUUUAUCUGUUCGACCGUUCCAUAAACGUACGCGCCAACAAUUUCCCACAUUUGUUCGUUUCGUUCGAUAAUUUUCGAUGUAACGAAAACCUAUCGUAUCACUUUUCAUUUCGCCACGCCAACUGCUCGGAUGUCGUUUCCCAUUUAUAUACGUCACAUUCGUUGUUCGUAUGGUUUUGUACCUUUGGACUUGGUGUUGGUCCGUUUUCGUACUCUCUACGCGAAUCACGCCGUAUCGAAUCGCGUAAGGCGACAAAAUUGAAUCGAUUCGGUUAUCAAUUUCAACGUAUUUAGUUAACUCGAACGCGUUUUAAGUGAAAGAGAGUUACACACGUAGUUGUACGAUGCAACGUAGGGGAAGGAAGGUAGACACCGCCAAAGUGAUCGAAUAUAGUGACACGCACACAGACACAAAGAAUCAUGCGCACGCGCGCGGACACAGAUACAAAAAGGAAGGGAGGGUAAGAAGAAGGAAAAGACACGUAUACUGGUAAAAGCUUGUAUGCAAGUACCAACUGAUUAUAUCACUACGAUCUAAGCUUUUUAAUGUUUAACAAUACUUAAUAGCGAAUAUCAAGGUAUUCAACCUACUCUAAUAAAAACACCCUAAUAAUAGGUAUAAAUUCAUAUAAAUAUAAAUGUAUACAUAUAUAAAUGUAUAAAUACGAAGGUAACGACAAUUGUAAACAAACCAAAACAAAUACAACUAUUUUAUCCAACAAAGUUUUUGCUACAACCGAAGUAGUAUGCAUCUUGCUAUGGAAUAAAUGAGACUUACGGGAGAGGAGAGAAAGAGAAAAUAAUAUUCUUAGCUCUAAGGACAAGAAGAAAAAUAAUGAUAAUAGUAAUCUGUGAGGAUCAGCUUCGAAUUUAUUUUUACAAUGACGUGAUGUAAUGCUGAGACGAAUUCGCUGCUCGCUAAUUAACGUUCCGAAUGCUACUCGGGAAGCGACGUACUCGCGAAAAUUCAAGCGUCCUAACGACGUACUCGGGUAUCGAAUUUUCUGCCGAUCUCAGUUUUACCGAACCUAAGGAUUCUCUUUAACAAAUUCUCGAGUCGCAAACUUUGCCGCUGAAAUUUUUUAGAAAUACGAAAUCGGUACUCGUGGUCGUCGUUGUCCGAUAGUAUUGUCGACCAUAAAAAUUACACGGAAAGCUUUCGUGAAACGGGAGAAAAGAAAGGAAGAAGAAAAAUAUGGGAUACAAACGGCGCGCAGUAUCUCGGCGAUUUUAUUCGUUCCGACGAAUCGUUAUCGACGAUCGUUAUCGCAACGGCCGACCGUGACUUAUCAUCGUCGAUACGAAAUUUCCUGGAAUUUUUAUGGUAGCCACGGAGACACGCACGAAGAUUCGAUGGAAAACGGGAACGAAUAUCCUCCACUCUCGAAUAUAUAACUAACUUUAAUAAUAAUAAUAAUGAUCAAACACUACAUAUAAGCAUACUACCAUUUACCACUGUACUCGCACACGAAACAGCCAAAAUUAUCAACCCUCUCGACACUGCUAUACCGCGUUCAUCGAUCCAAAAUUUUACGUGGAAUUACAUUGGAUUCAAGUCACGCGCGCCGCGACCUGAUAUCCGGUAGCCGUGGUGUCGGUGAUACUAGGAAACAGGGUAUGUUUUUGCAAUUAUUUGCAUAACUUGUAAAGAACUAGCAACAAAAUAAAUACACGUUUACACCGUUUACACAUCGAUACGCGUUCACAUACACGCACACACACACGCGCACACGCACGCACAUGCACACACACGCACAUGCACACACGCACACAUACAGUCACACACGCACGCACGCACGCACACGCACACACGUAAGAACCUAUAAGUACCGCUUGAUGCGUACACGACGUAAAAUACACUCGUGUAGAACUUGUGCACAUAUUCGCGCGUGGUUACCGUACACACUCGAUACAUACGUAACACUCACACGUGAACUGUAACAUACGUUAUAAUAUGGGAGGCGAGCAGAGCUAAGCAUUCACCUAAUCAUAUUAUCUUUAUCUACAUAAAUAUUAAACUAGAUAGGUCUCAUCGUAGGCUUUAAGCGCGAUUAUUAAAGACUUACAGAUUUCCGGACACGAAUUUCAUGGCCAUCACCGUCGUUACGAUUUUGAAUAGACUCUAUGUACCAGUACUCUUAAACCCCGCGUUCUAUGAUGAUACUCUACGAUGAUAAAGCUUACAUUAUGGAGUAUUUAAAGUAACAGCUGUACGAAUAUUAUGAAGAAAAAUUAAUUUUGUUAUAGCUUCUGCUACGAAGAAGAUUGAUUGUUCUUAUCGAUUUUAAAAUAUAUUUUAAGAUAAGCCAACCGAACAUAGUUUCAUAUCAAACGCGGGUGACGAGAGGAACCAUGCACGAAUCGUCAAAAUCACGUUAAUCAUCGAAGCGUCAGGCGAGUCACAAGCUCGUUCUUCCUUUCCUUUCCUUUCCUUUCCUUUCCUUUCCUUUCCUUUCCUUUCCUACAUCCUUUCCAUUCCUUUAUACUCUCUUCACCAGACUAACAAGAAAACGUAAUUGCUUUCUCCAACAUCUUCAUGCGCGCGCGCGCGCGUACGCCAGAUAAAGAAGUGGAGCAAAUUAGAGAAUUAGUUGAGAUUGUACUUAAAAACAUUAGAUUUGCAGUUACUUAAUGAUUAAAAGAAGAAUAAAAAUUUAAAAAAAAAAAAAGAACGUAAUUAAAAUAAAAUGUAAGAAUCGGCGUUAUUUCAAACAAGUUCAAGCCGACCGAUGUCAAUUCCUUCAGGUACGCUUAUGCGUUAUCGCGAGAACAAUGCGAAGAAAAAAAUUCGGUUUUUUCUAACGUACCAAAUCGAUGUCUUUUCAUUGCGACUGUAUUAAUGUUUAGGAUCGGACACACGAUUGUUGUAGUCGUUGGUCAACCAAAAUUACGUAGGAUAUUCGUUCGAGUCGUAGGUACGAGAAUCAAAAGAAAAAGAACAGAAUAAAUCACAGUAUCUUGUAUAUUUACCCGGCCACAUUUCGAUCGACUAUCCGGGACCAAUCACACUUUCUGACGAAACAAUGCGUUUCCUAGUUCUGCCGUUCGGUAUGCAAGAAAUUUCUUAGGCGAAUAUAAAACGUUUAGAUUAGUGUGAUACUAUACGAAAGCACCGUUUGCGUUACCGUUUUUAUCAAAACGUUUCGACUAAACAUUUCAUGGUACCCGUCUUGGACCAACGACGUACGUGGAAUCACGCAAGGAAACCCGUGCAGAAGAAUAAGGCUUUUUGUCGUGUAAAUGACAACGAGCGAACAGUUCCGAAUAUGGUUGAAUUAUCCACAGAAGAUAUGGGAAUUCAACGACGAAUUCGCAUUUAUCGAGCUUGAAACAGUCGCUGAGUUUUUCUUUUCGAAAGAUUGCGAGAUCAAUGAACGCAAAGAGUCUUCUUCCUCCGUGCGAAAAGACGGAAUUGAAAAGAUGCAAAAUCCUCGUGGUUUAAUCGCCCCUUGUUUCAAUCAUGGUUCGACGUACAUAUUAUGUACUUUCGCGUACAUUCGUUAUCGUUGAGAAACGCGGGGACAAUGCGAACAACACUUCCAACUCUUUCCAGAACAUCUCCCCUUCGCGUCGAUAGGGCGAUUGUUUUUCUGAAAUUCUGUUGUUCUUCUGCAAAUUCUGAUUGACAAUGUUUCGAAGCACAUACAACGUUCGAUUAAAGAAAGUUGUGCGUCUCGGUCUACGGGAAACGUAAAAAUUAAUAUUAAACGCUGUUAUUGCUUGUCGCUCUUAUAAAUCACUGUAGACGUUCGAACCACGCGUAAUCGAUAUUGUUAAACGAUGCGGUGACCUUUUCUUUCGAACGUAUCGAAGUCUCUCUCUCUCUUUUUUCUUUCUUUUUCCUUUUUUUUUCUUUUUUUUUUGUUUAUUUAGUCAGGACUCGAUGUAUUGGUAUUUGUUCGAGACCGACCGCGAUUGGAACGUCGUGUCACAAUAUGUAUGCACGUCGUGUAAACGUAUCGCGUGACUAAAACAUGUAGAAACAAGUAAAUAAAGAAAAAAAAGCGAACGAUUAUUAAGUAAUAAUUGACAACGUAUAAGAAGAACGUACACGAAUUGUAGGAACGAAAUUUGGCACGUUACGAAUCGUCGAUUCGUGGCGUCGGUUGAGUCGGUGAUCGUGUUCCAUUUGGAAAAGAAAGAACAGUCGAAGAUCAGUCUUUUCUUUCCGUUCCUCGCGCGGGCAAUUAUAUAGCCAUUAGUAUCAGAGCAUGGAUGAGUGCGGAGAAACUUGUGUCGUUCGCGGUCGUUCGUGACAAUAGUCCGUGAUAAGUAAUAAAGAAGAAAAAGCGAAAAGGGACCGCGAGAGAACGUAUGAAAUGGUCGAUGUAAUGGACGAACGGAAUCGGUCAGGAACGAUUUUCCAAACGAAUUUUCGGACACCACGACAUAUUGCUUAGAAAAUUCGAUGUGGUCGUAAAAUACGUACGAAAAUUUUCUUUUCGUUGACGCUCGCUAAACUCUAAAACAGUGUCGACUACACGGAGCGUAUCGAGGGAUCGCGAUACUGUGAAUUUUGGUGGUCGAACAAUUCGGGCGAUAAAGACACCUUACCGCCACCCAAAUGGCUGUACGUCACGAAUCGACCUUAGGAAGUCGCUACAAAUCUUGCAGUUAGAAAGUAUGUAAUUAGACCACCUAGGAAAGAAAAACAGGUUGAAAGAGUGGCAUGAUGAAUUGUCGCGAGGGACGCGAACAAGAGCGAAACGCGUAGGUAUAUAGACGCGUACGCCUAUACGCAUGCAUAACUAUACAUCGUAGAUGCGUAUAUACGAAGAUACACGUGUAUACACGUGCGAGUCCCGUGAAAAACGUUUAAAUUAGAAGUUUGAGAAGAAAAAAAAUUUGCAUAUAGCAUAGUUUUAUAUAGCGUGCCAUCUAUGCGUAUAAGCGAAUGAUAUGCAUAAACAGUUACUAUAGUUAUCGCUACCAAAUAAGGUUAUAAACAAAAAUAAGUAUAAUAAAAGUAUGCACUAUAAUCACUUAUACCAGGGAAGGAAGCGGGGAAGAAACGCACGGGAAGCAUUAAUAGUGCAGUGUGGGUGGAAGAGAUUUGAAAAUAUUAUAUAUCGCGCGCGUAUAUGAUUGAAUUAGGAAAUAAUUAAACACGUUGAGGUGGGUCGAGUGACAGAAAUCGAGAGAAAGGGUGGGAGAGAAAGGGAAAGAAAGAGCGAAACACUAAAAGUUAUUAACAGACAGAACAUAUUUUAAAUAAUUAAUCGCCAAACGAUAAGUUUUUAACUCUAACUCCUAGCGCGUAAGGUCGAAAUAAUAUACGAAAUAAAAAAAAAUAUAUUAUAUAAAUAUAUAUAUUAUAUAUACACAUACGUAUAUAAUGAUUGAAAGUCGACUCUAAAAUUAAAUGUAAACCGAAAAAGCAUACUUCUUGUAAGAAGCCACGCGCGGGUAGAUACCGAGACAUUACUUGGAUUACGAUGGAUCUCAACAAGCAUGAAAACAAAUUUAGGGCAACAGUGAAACCUCGAGUAACUUUUGCUGCUCGAUCCUUUGCCUCGAUUUUUACGACACGAUCCGGAUAUUAGUCUCGUCAUCAUUUUAAAAGCUUCUCCUAUUUUUGCUCCAACAUUUUAUCGUAUUGGACACCUGUUGUGGUCAUACCGGCUCUCGUUCUUUGCAUCGAUAAUUAAGAUGCUAUGGAUCAUAUAGCGUUCGAACAAGUUUUCCGAUUUUCGAAGAUUCGGCCAAAAUUAUUUCUGGUAAAGUUGGGGCAUAAUAUAAUUGUACCGAAUCGAGAACUUUGAUAGUCGAAUCUCGAGUGAUUUUAACACGUUCGAAUUCAAUUAUAUUCGUUUUGGUCGGUGUUUAGGGGGCAGCAUCUACGAAAUAAACAAUAUUGUGCCAACGAUGAAUCUUCCAAAUCAAUUUUCACUUCUAACAGGAAUCAAAUGUUACGACAAUGACAAUAUUAGGAGGUAGAAAGAAUUUUUGUCAGUAAGUAAGUACGAGGUGAGUCAACAAAAUAAUGAGAAUUAAUUUUUUAUGCUUGAGCAGCGAAUUACGGUUUUUUUUUUUUUAAUAUUACCAGAUAUCUCAAAAUGAUUAUUUCGAUCUUUAAUUUCAAUUUGAAGAGCAACGAAUUAGCAAAAAAUUCUAUCCGUGCAUUUCGUUGUACGUUUUUCGUCCGAGGCAUCGGUGAAAUCGGCGAAAAUCGGCGAAAAUCGGCAAAACAAAUAGAAAUAAAGAGUGAAACAGCAAUAUUCGAUACCGCAUACGAAAUAUCAAGCCUCUAAAGAUCGUAAUUGAACGGAGUAUUUCCACGAAAUAUUGGAGAUAGCGAUAGCCAAUUAGCAAAACAGAAUUCUGACCAGUUAACAAGGCGUUGACACUAUCUGCAGUUCUAAUUAUUCGAGUUAAUGAACCGAAAUCUCUUUCGUAGGUAGUGUUUGACUCGCACAAAUUUCUACCAAUUACGAAGAUGAAAGUUAAGUCUCGUUAUUUUCCUAACGCACUUCGUAUCUAUAACUAUACAUGUACGUAUAUCAUUUUAAAAUAUCUAUAUCGUUUCAUUCCAAUUGCUUUCCUUCGUUAUUUUAAACGAAGAUAACGGAGUUCUUGCAGAUCUUCGAAAUCUCCGAAAAAUCUCAAUUAAUUCUUAUCGAUCGUUCGAAUGUUUUGAGAAUUAGCAUAGAAGAAGAAGGUUGAUAAGGGAGUGGCUCGGUUCUGGCAAAUUAUAAUGUGCCCCUUCGGCGCCUGCUCAGAAUGCAACAGUUGGCUAACAAGUGGCUCUUUCGCACGAAACGGUAGCGAAUCGCGUUCAAAUCACCGGUCGAAGUAAAUUCUGAAGUGAGUUCAAGGUUAGAAUUUUACUUGAAUUUUUUGAUCGUUGCUUUUCAUGGUUAAAAAUGGUUGGUAAAAAAUAUUACUCUUCGAUGAAAAUUUCGUAAACGAUAUCGGAUCGCAGCGUAGUUUUUCAAUAUUCCGUUUUAGUUGCUUUCGUUUCGAGAGUGAUGACAGUUCUUUUGACGAGCAUGGUAUAUAUAUGUACAUAUAUAUAUAUAUUAUAUAUAUAUAAACUAGAUAAAUUUUUAUAAGUUAGAUAGUUAUCUCCGAGAACAUUAUAAGUUUCAGCAUAAUAUUUCGAUUAGAAAAGUUGCAAGUUCUACGUUUGAUUCUUAAACAAUGGACAAUCUAUAGUACCUUGUUAUACAUAUAUUUAUGGAUAAAAAACGUUUUCUUUUAACACGAAGUUGUACAUGUACGUUGUCAAUUUUCACAAUGUUUUGCCAUUAAACUACACGCGUUGAUGUCGGCCGUUUCGUCAUCGAGACGACGCGCCGCUCCUCGGCUUAUUAAACUACACAUACAUAUACGUUUUUGUUCCUAUCAUUUGUAUAAAUAUGACUGGCUUAAUUAUCGUGCAAAAUCCCUUUGAGAAAAAUCAAGUCGGUGCGAAGAAUCGGCGAAACGCGAUUGAUUUUCCAUUUGUGGCUUGGAUUAAAUUUGAACUAGGUUCGGCAUGUUGCGAAUCGUGGAUUCGAGAUUCGAAACUCUAUUGGCGAAACACGAUUGAUUCCAUUUGUGAUGUCAGUUGCUUCAAAGAUGGAAACACCGAACAAAGGAUUGAGACGCCUUGAAUAUCGUUGCAGACGUUUGUUUGGUGUUUAGAAGUGAAUUAACGACAGUUGCCAGAGAUACGUGUAAUGUAGUUAAGAAUUAGCAACUGCCUAAGGAAAGGAGGAAUAGUCACGCCCAGAACGUACCGUCCAGAAAAAAAUAUGGAAUUUCGUUACGUGUUUGCCUGAUAGUUUUUUAACGGCUGCAAAAAAUUGAACGUGAUUAGAGCGCGCAGCGAUCUUUGUAUUAAUUAUUAUAGAUCGUUUUCACUAGCUUCUUUCUCAAAAACUCGUGGCAGGUUUAAGAACGAAAAUACGUUCGACGUAUAUAGGGUACCCGUAUAUCAAGCAGCUGUCGUUCGUUGUGCAGAAAUACGACAAAGUUUUAUGUACCACGAAGGUGUGCAACUAAUUUUGAGACUGACUUAUACAACUCGCUCGCAGAGAUCUCGAUGACCGUACAAUUUAGAAUUUGCAGAGUUUGCGUCUACUUAUUGUUAGUUAGAAACCGUGACGCGUAGAGAAAGAAAAAGUAUCGAGUUUCUAGUCAAGAUCGAAGUAUAGAAAAUUCUCCUCGGUAACGUUAUCGAUCGCCAUCGAUAUUACAAAAUGCAUCGUAACUAAAACAAGGUGGAACAUUUUGCUUUAAGUUGACUCGUAGUAAACUACGACAGGUAGUAAUCGAAUAUCAAGCAGUCGUAUAUUAAUUUCAUUCGAUAGGCAAAAGUAGCGAAAGUAUACCGUUGAUUUAGCGCUUUUAAAAAGGUUUCUACACUUUCUAACUGCGCAAAGGGAGAGGCGCGCGCUCCCGAAGAGAGAUAUACGACUGCGAGAGUAUUCCGAUGUAUCGAGCAAGAUAUCCGAUCGGCGAUGUCAGGCAUGACGUUUCACUCGCGUUCUCGGGUUAAGGUUCGGUUUUCCGACCGCUGGAUCAUUUUUGAAGGCGACAUUGACUGCAUCCCGUGCUCGAGGCUAAAAAAUGUAGAAUUUUUUAACUGUAUUUACGGCUAUAACCUAACCUGUAUAUUUUUACAUAUUAAAUAUAGGGAACGAAUCGAGGGUUGAUGCGAGAGGUGCGAAGGCGAACCGAGUACAUGCUAAAACAAAAGAAAGAAAGAAAGAAAAAAAAAAGACAUAAGCACACGAGUAACCAAGAGAAUACCGUUAUGUAAACGGGUACGCGUAUGUACACGUACACGCGCGUAUAGCUCGAUAAAGUAACUCGAAUACACAUAUAUACAUACAUUUGUAUACUACACUUACACGUUCACACGCGCGCACGCACGCAAAUGAAAUAUACUCUUGCCUUCAGAGAAGGGACAUAUUAUACAGAUCGUAAAAAGUGAAAUCAGUUUUAUUGUUGAUUUCGGGGUGACAUACGAAAAAAGAAAAAAAAAAAAGUUUUGUAAUCGGCGGCCCUGGCCGUUCUUUCGCAUCCGGGGCCCAAAAACGUUGCGUAGUAUAAUCAAACACCGAUAUACAAUGCAAGUUUUUUUCCUCGGCCAAAUUGUGCGGACCUCGAGGUCUUCGGGAUCGCCGGAAGUAGGAUAUAAAUUCUCUUUCCCUACGGGUACGAGCGUGGUGAAUCUUAUGGUCCAGAAUGAUACUUGGCGAUUCCGAAAAUUCGUCGACGUCUGCCUGGGCCCGAAUGGAUUUGUACAUAAAAGAGAACAAAAUUACACGACACAGGGUGUGCGUAUAUGUUGGUGCACACAGUAAUGUCCUACAUAGCGAAGUACUAACUAUAUAGUGCAUGGAAAUAAUAAAAACGUUCGCAGUACGUGUGGGACGUCUCAUGAAACGUUCUCCUCUUUUUUCCCCUUGACGACGAGUCUCGCCCUCGAUGGCCCGCGAUAAUUUUUACUUAGAAAUUGCCGCUACAUAUUAAUCGCAUUCUUCGAAAAUAAAUAAUUCGUGAACCGUUUCACAUUCGGUUGGUAGACUGUUAUUCCUCUCUUUCUUUUUUUUUUUUUUUUUUUUCGUAAGCGCGUCUAUUACGUUGAUACACGUGCGUUUCGGACGAGAUUAUCUGACCCAUCGAACGAACGAAUUUCAUUAUUAAUUCGGUUAUUUAAACUACUGUGAUUAUUUGCGAUUUCGAUCAUGCGAGAAUAAAUCUUCUAAGACGAAUAAACUGAAGGAUAUUCACGUGGAUUCUGUAUUCGAACGUGAUGGAGAUUAGAGCGUUGUAAGAUAGGGGAAAUGCUGAAAGAAGAAGCGAAGAAUACGCAAUCAACGUACACAGCAACGUGCGGUUGAUUGGUCGAAUCAAUUUUCCAGGAUAUCGUAAAUCAAUUGGGAAAAAAGGCGGACAUAGUGCGAUCUAUUUAUCAUAAGUGCGACAGUAUUAAUCUUUGCUAAUGAUAUAAUACGAAACUCAAUUUAUAAAUUUCGUCGUAUCAUAAAUUUAUUAUUACGGAUAAUAUUGUUAAAUCAUUGCUAUUGAUUAUUGAUUACUAUUGCCAUUAUUAUUAAUAUUAUUAUCUUCAUCAUUGUCAUUGUCAUUGUCAUUGUCAUUGUCAUCAUCAUUAUCAUCAUCAUUAUCAUUAUGAUUAUUAUCUUUGAUGAUCAGUAAUAUCGUUAUCCUUAUUACUUUUGUCAUAUUAUUAUUCUUGUCGCUAUUGCCGACGCUAAUAAUUAUGCUUAUAGUGUCGAACAGAGGUUACCGUAUUACUGCAAAAGAAACAUACACGACGAAAGAACAGAUCAUUGUAUGCAAGCGAGUGGACGAGUGAUUGAAGUAAAAGGAAGGAGAUAACCUUUGGGAAGCCUGCGAGGCGAACAAAUGAAAAGUGGCAAACAGAAAAUCGAAGCGACGCGACGUAUAUAACAAAUAAUUUAUAAUGGUAGUAUGAUAAGAGGGAAGGAGUGUUUUAGCAUAUCAACGCGACAAAUUUUACGAAUGCAUAGGCGAAACAAUGAUAGGACACGCGGUUGUAGAAAUAUUUCGAUAUUGUAUAUGUAUUUAGACAUGAAAAAUUAAACGAGAAGGUUGAUACGACUUGCUGAGGCUUCGAAGACAAGUACGGCACGAUAAUGAAAAAAGAUAUUGUUUCGUAAUAAAAUAAUUCGAUAUUGAUUCGCAAAGAACGAACGACGUUGAAACGAUUUUCCUUUCCCUUGAGAAACGUAUGCAUCGGAUAUAACGACGAAUAACGUCACAGUGAUAGAGGUACCAAAAUGAGGCGCGGAAGAACGUUGAACCAGACUCUUGUCACGAUUGUAAAUAGUAGUACGACUUUUAGAUUGUCUUCGUAGCCGUAGCGGGUGGUCGGUAAAAUUUUAAAACGUACGCGAAGAACGGCGAAGGUCGUGGGGUUACGAAUGUUAAUAAAUUUCACGGCAAGGAUGUAAAGUCGGUGUAAAAUAAAGUUAUAUCGAAUCGCGAUGCGAUUGGUUGAUCGUUUUCGAGUCCCGUCUCGAAAACUCGUUGCGGUUCGGCCGUUUCUACCGGCGCUAGAAUUGUUAUUGUAAAAGUCUAUGAUAAAAGAAAGAUAAAAUGGGAGAAGGGCGAGAAUGGCAAGGGGCGACGGGGGAAAGGAGAGGAGAGCGGUUAAUAAAUAAGGGGAUGAGCGGAGAAAACGUGGAGAUGGGAAAAACGUGGAAAACAGCGUAAACGGAAGAUACGCCAGUUUGGAUUAUUAUUUUCAUAAGCAACGUGUAAUAUAAAUAUGUAAUGUAUAUCGAUAUGACAAAUUAACGGCAUCAUCGCGAUUAUGAUCACGACGGUGAUGAUGGUUAAUAUUAUUAUUGCUAUUAUUAUGGUUAUCGAUUAUGAUUAUUAUCGGAUGAUGAUGAUUAUUAUUAUUAUUAUUAUAACAAGAAAAAAACUAAUAUAUUAUAUAAAAUAAAAAAUAAUUAUACUUAACACUUAUGUUAGGAAGCUAGAUACAUACAUUCAUGCAAGCGAGAAUAAAAAAGAAUAUGAAAUUUCACUGACAGACACACACGCGCACACACACACACACACACAUACAUACAUACACACACACACACAUGCCAACAUAAAAUCUGGAUGACACGUAUUUAACGUCGUACAUUUAUAUAUCAAGACUAGAACACGGUGACGUGUGCGAGAAGUAGAAGAGAGAAUGAGAAGAAGGGAGAGCGAGAUAAAGAGAGAGAGAGAGAGAGAGAGAGAGAGAGAGAGAAAGCAAAGAGAGAGAAAGAGAGAGAGAGAGAAAGAGAGAAAACGUGACCGAGCGAAAGGGAUUGAGCGAAUGGGAGUGAAAAUUUUUUAGCGUACUUCGAGGAAACCUACGUUUCGUCGAGUAUCGUGAAUAAUAAAGUAGUUUUGCGUGUCGUUGAUAACAGUUCCUUUUUUUCUUUUAUUCCUCGGCAUGCAAAGCUUCCACGCUGCUUAUUUACGAUGUUACUUUUCAAAGUCACAGCGAAAGUACAUAUUUGUAUCACCCUAUCGAGCGGAAGACGUUCCUGUAUAUUUGAUUUUUAUCGCUAUCGAUUCGAUCAAUGUAAUCGAUCAGAUCUAUUCUAAGGAGAAAAAAGAGAACAAUAACCGCGAUGAAACAGUCACGAAUCGAUAAACGAAGAAAGGUUCCUCGACGUUCGCAUUUUCGCGCCACAAACGUGUUCCUGUAUUUGUCAAAUAGUUCUUUUCUUAUUCUUGGUUUAGUCUCUUCGUUUUUUCUUACGUUAACAACAAGAAAAAAAAAAAAAAAACUACGCCGAGCCGAAAAGUUCUGUGUACGACGUACCUUAUCCCAUUUGAAGCUCGCAUACAGACUACAUAAUUAGCUAUAACGGACAUGGCCAUUAGCAGAAAAAAUGUACCAUUCAGAUAGUUUACCAUUAAAAAAACGGUAAUCAUUAUAGCUAUAUUAACAACAUUAUUUAUAUUAUUACGCAUAUUAUAAAAAUAAUUGAUAACAGAUACUAAUCCUAGGGUGAAGUAUUUCAAGGGAAGAAAAUUUUGAGAAAAAAAAUGAUCACGCGGCCACAAACGGCGCGAGGGCGGCGGCGCGCCAUUUCCCAGGAAAUGGCGAAACCGGAAAAAGUGAACAAAAGAAAAAUAAAUAACCCGCCAAUUACUUUAACUUCGACAGUACUAUUAUUUGUAUAUGCCGAACGAUUAUGCCGUUUUCAGCGCAACAUAUUUUGGCGAUACUCUUUGGUGGUAUAAACUCACGGUAAUCAAUGUUGGGGGGAAGAAUCGGUGUUGGAACGAGGGAUUAAGGGUGGGAACGAAUCGAAAACAAACAAACGAACAAAAUAAAAAGCAGAAGUUUCUAUACUUUUUACGGAGAUUGUUAUAGAUUAAGCGCACACUGAUCAAGGCAUUCGUCGCUCGGCAAAGCAUAAUAUAAUUAUUAAUAUAAAAUUUAUAACAGAAAUAAAAUAAAUGAAGUUAAUAAAUAUGUACACUGUAUAAUAAACAUUAUUUCCUAUUAAUAAA